AUGCGGAGCUUUACAAUUGUGUCAUUCGACACUGAGGACUUAGAUAUUCCUCAUCUUGCACUAAAAGAGUCUCUGCUGAUGCUGAAUAGUAACUAUUCUUCAAACUUAGAAAUGCCUUUUGCUCCCUUGUCGCUGAAUGAUGAAUGGUGGCACACCUUGGCUCCCAGGUCCUCAAAAGGCCAAGGAGUUGGGUUCUACUGGGCAAGUCCUAAGGAUGGAAACCUGACUGAGAGAUGCCUCGAUGGUACCUAUGAAUACGUGGCUAUCGCCUGCCUAAAUUUCAAGGGUAACCAAACGAGCAUCCCGCCUUACUGCACCUCCCUAGGUCCUGACAUAGAUAUCUGCAAGGGCCUAGGCAUCAAACUAUUUCUUUCCCUUGGUGGGAGGCCUUUACUUUCCCCUGAUGAUGCUCCGAUUGUUGCAGCUUAUAUCUGUGACGAAUUUUUGAAUGAUGGUUCAGGCCCUGGUCCUCUCGGUGCUACUGUAAAUGGAACAGACUUCCAUUUCCGAAGCGGAUCAAACAAUAGUCUGGAUGUUCUCGCCCAGGCACUCCGAGAUAAUUGCGCACUUGACAAAAAGGUGUACUUAUCUGCAGCACCACUUUGUCGAAUUCCUGACUAUUAUCUUGACGCUGCUAUCAACACUGGCGUCUUUGACUACGUGUGGGUGCAAUUUUUCGGUGAUCCUUCAUGUGAAUAUAGUCCAGGCAAUCCCUUUAACCUCAUCGUAAGCUGGCUUAAAUGGUAUUAUUAUCUACGCAACUAUAAUACUACAUUAUUCCUGGGAUUAACUGGAGAUUCUGCCGCCGAGGGUUACAUCCCAUGUGACCCGCAACUUCUGGAGGUUCUUUUCUUUGUGGUGUGGUUCCCCAAAUUUGGAGGGAUCAUGGUGCUUGAGGGCAAAUACGAAUGCCUUUUUUCCAGUGAAAAAAUCAGGCCUUAUUUUAACUCUGAUGUUCUGGCUUAUGGUAAAAAGUCCAUGAAUAAGUUCCCAGCCAUCUAA